AUGGGCGCGCAAUACGCAAAAACUUCCAAGAAUACCUUUCGUAACAUGGCUUUGGGCUUUACAGGAGCAAUGUUCGUCGCUGCGUUUGCGUUGUACGCUUCGAAGAAACAUAUUGACGGGCGGAGGAAAGCAGAUCUGGAGAGCUACGAAGCGGGCGAGUCUCCAAAUUGCUGUCAAAAAGUGGACAUCUGCGUUAACUAG